UCUAACCAUGGCCAGGCCGGCGCUCUCCAAGGCGGGCCGGGUGCUGCUGCCACACAAGAGCGAAGCUGCAGAGCUGGAGCCGAUCGACAGCUCAACCACCAAGCUCCUGCCCGAGGGGGUUCGAGCUCAGAUGUUCCUGGAGGUGGAUUCCGGGACCCCUACGUCGAUCAGUUAUGUAGACAGCAGCUAUGAUUAUGGUGCCCCCACGCUUGCUGCCACCUCUGCCUACCACGUCACCGACCUGAGCCACAGCAUGGACCCCUCGGAUGGCGCCGGUUAUACCUCUGACACCAGCCUGCAGCCUUUGGGCACCAUGUCCACCAGCUCCUUGGUUUUCAUGCCCACCGGUGGCCAGGUUUCUUCCUUCAUCCAUCACCCCAGCCCGACGAGCCAACAGGCAUCCUGCUACUCAGAGGGUGAGCAGAGCAACUACCGACUCUGGGAAGCCCCCCCUUCUCAGAUCAGCAGCCGGUCCAGCCCAGUAAGCAGUCGGCAGAAUGUGCAGGAGGAGAUCGCUGCCUCUGUAGACAGAUCCGUAUCCAAGGUGGUGUUUGAGCCCAUGAAGGACACCCGCUACUGUGCCGUGUGCAACGACUACGCCUCGGGAUACCAUUACGGCGUCUGGUCCUGUGAGGGAUGUAAAGCCUUCUUCAAGAGAAGCCUCCAAGGUCACAAUGACUACAUGUGCCCAGCGACCAACCAAUGCACCAUCGACCGCAACCGCAGGAAGAGCUGCCAGGCCUGUCGCCUGAGGAAGUGCUGUGAGGUUGGCAUGAUGAAGGGAGGACUCCGCAAGGAUCGGCUGGGCCGGAGCCCACUGCGGGCCAAGCGCUCAGGAGCAGGUUCCCCUGUGAGGGCCAGCUGCGGGUCGGAACCCAGGCAGGUAGUGACCCCGGCCCUGACCCCGGGGGACCCCAUGCAGGUGAAAUCUGCCGGCACCAAUCGGGGCCUGAGCAUUCCUGCGGAGCAGUUCCUACUGCUGCUGCUGAAUGCCGAACCCCCCUCCGUCUGCACCCGACAGAAGCACAGCCGGCCCUACACAGAGGUCACCAUGAUGACCCUGCUCACCAACCUGGCCGAUAAGGAGCUGGUGCACAUGAUUGCCUGGGCAAAGAAGCUACCUGGGUUCCUGGAGCUCUCGCUCCACGACCAGGUGCAGCUCCUGGAGAGUUCCUGGCUGGAGGUUCUUAUGAUCGGACUCAUCUGGCGCUCGGUACACUUCCCCGGAAAGCUCAUUUUCGCACAGGACCUCAUCCUGGACAGGAGCGAGGGCGGCUGCGUUGAGGGGAUGGCGGAGAUCUUCGACAUGCUGCUUGCGACCGUGUCUCGAUUUCGCACCCUGCAGCUCAAGACGGAGGAGUUCGUGUGCCUCAAAGCCAUCGUCCUACUCAACUCCAGCACUUUUUCGUACCUCUCGAGCUCUGUGGAGACCCUCCAUGAUGGAUCCGCUGUCCAGUACAUGCUGGACAAAAUUACAGACACACUCAGCCACUACAUUGGGAAGUCGGGCCUCCCACCCCAGCAGCAAGCAAGGAGGCUUUCACAGCUCCUGCUUCUUCUCUCACACAUUCGCCACAUGAGCAACAAAGGUAUGGAACACCUGUACAGCGUGAAGUGUAAGAACACGGUGCCUCUAUACGACCUGCUGCUGGAGAUGCUGGAUGCCCACAGGCUGCGAUCACCAGGAAGGAACGAGGUCCCUAAGGCAGCCACCGAGACGACCCCCAUGUCCCUGUCCCUGUCUCUCCAGAGCAGUCUUGAUGUGCAAUCUUCAUGAUCCAGGCCAUUGCCCUGUUCUUGGCCAGACCAUACCCCAGCUGACACAAUGCGGACCACCUGCAUCUCCUGUCUACCUGAGCUGACUUGUUUCCCUUUAAAUCGGAGGGAACAACAUUUUGCUAGAUUCUGAGUAAUGAAUAAAUAAUAGUAAUUAUUAUAUUGGUGAAUUCUACAAAGUCAGAUGUCAAUUUUUCAUGAAAUUAACCUGCUUCAAAUUGUCACUUUAGUCACUCUUGCUACACAGAAGAAGUCCGACUCGUACCCGUUUCAGGUGGCAUGCAGAAAAAUUUGUUUAACCUUCAUUGUUCCUCACAAAACCUAAGCCCCACCCACUUUACCUGUUUCAGGUCGCAUGUAAAAUAACUUUGCUCCCUCAGCUUAAUGCAAGCAUUAGUGGUCAAGUUAUCUGUAGGAUGAUGAGAUGCGCACAGAAAUAAUAUGAACUUGGUUGAGUAAGGUGAAAUAUACAGCUGUUUUCUUGGGGGCGGGGAGACUGGAAUUUUAAUUGUGUUCCAUGAGAACUAAUUAAUGCAGAAUGACAAUGUCAGAGGACCGUAAACUGGAAGUUUGUUUUACAUACAACAUUAAUAAUGUAAUGAGGAACCACUUGUGACUGAGAGAAACCCAGGCCACAGAAUACCAACGAUGUAAUAUUUGAUUUCAAUUAUUAAUCUUUUUCAGUACAUGGUCCUUUUUAAUUUAUCUGCAGUAUACUACACACUUUAUACAAUAAAAUACAAAAAUCAAACUAAAAGCAUGAUGUUCUUAUAUCACUUACAAGAGGCCUGAAAUCUUUACACAGCUUUAAGGUAUAGGUGGACAAUGAUGUUACAUUUUUACAAUUUUAAAAUUGUGAUCAAUAUAUUUUUAAAAUUGUUUUCUCUAGUACAUUUUUUAUUUUGAUGUUUUAUACUCAACCCAUCCUUCAUGAUACAUAUAUGAAUGGUGUAAUCAAUAACCAUAAAAAUCACAUCCUGACAUACUGUAAGAACAAUUGAUUAAAAAAUAAUAUUUUGUUAUGCCAAUAAAUUUUUUUUUAAAUGACCUGAUACAGAAUAAAACACAUACAGUACAAUGCUUGCAGCAAAUCAUUACUUGCAUAAUAUAACACCUGCUUCACUAAUUUAUGACUUCACUGAUUGCCUUUAUAUUGUAAAAAAAGCUACUUACAUUAUAUUUGAAAAUAUAAUUUCUUUGUAAAACCAAUACUGUAGAAUGUACAUAUACUCUGAUGCCUCAUGAUAGUUUUUGCUUGAGUGGUGAAAACAAUACAGUACUUUUAAUAAACUUAACAUUAACUGUACAAUGCACUCUACGUCCUUUCAUCUUCAGUGGAAUUUCAUGAUAUGAAAAAUGUGAAAUAGCUAUUAGUUAUUCAGUCUGUUCUCAGACAUCCGGUUUCUGCUUCUUUCAGAUUUUGUAAAACAUGAUAUAGAUAUGAUGUUCCAAAAUUAUUCACUAUUGCAAGUAAUUAAGUUUGCUUCAAAUAAAAAUAAUUAAAAUGUGAUUAUUCUGCUAGCAAGCUAUAUGUGUGCUGUAGUACAUGAAAGUGUUUUGAUCCUGAACAGCUUGUUGUCCUUGUGGAUCAUUACUCUAUAAUCAAAAGAGAUUUUAAAUAAGUUAUAAAAUGUACUUUUAUUCCUUAUUUAUGUAUUACAUUUUCUACAAAAUUCAAAAAAUAAAUACCCAUGAAUAUGUGCAUAUAAGAAUAGCACUGCAUAUACUGAGGUAAGUUAGAUAAAGUGAUACAAGCAAAUAUUUUUUCCAAUAAUUUCAUUUCUUUUACAUAAUUUCAUUACACAGGUCGGUGAUCUCCAUUCUUACAUCCAGCAGUGGUUAGUAAAAAUAAGGUUUUCAGACUAAUGUUUUUAAUAAUCUUAGGGAAGUCUGUUGUCCAGGACCAGACUAUUAUUGCAUGCUGACAGGUACAUGUAAAAAAAUAACUGCCAUAUGAGCUAUUUAAUCAAUAUUUUACAAAUCAUUCCAUUCUCACAAGCAAAAUCACAGGCAUUUCUCUGCUAGAAAUUGAUUCAGCUACUUUACUACUUGACAGUAAAAAAAAAAAAAAA